UAUAAACAACACAAGCAGCUGACAAGUUCAAGUCGCCAGCUAGUGUGCGUUUGUCUUCCACCAAGUCAUCUGCACUUCCAGCAAUGGCCCUGCUGAAAUCCACCAAGAUUUUGACUAGUGUCGGGGCUCAGGCCCCUGUUUUAGCAGUCCUACAACUCCGUGCAAGCUCAUGGUGGACUGAGGUACAGAUGGGACCCCCUGAUCCCAUCCUGGGUGUCACAGAGGCGUUCAAGCGUGACACCAACCCCAAGAAGAUGAACCUCGGAGUAGGAGCUUAUAGAGACGAUCAGGGCAAGCCGUUUGUUCUCAACUGUGUCCGAAAGGCUGAGGCCCAGAUUGCUGCUAAGAAGUUGGAUAAAGAGUACCUUCCUAUUGGAGGGUUGGCAGAAUUUUCAAAGGCCUGUGCUCAGCUGGCUCUUGGACCUGAUAAUGCGGUCUUAAAGAGUGGAAGAAGCAUCACCGUCCAGACUAUCUCUGGAACUGGAUCUCUACGUGUUGGUGCUAACUUUGUGUCACGAUUCCACAAUGUGUCCCAGGAUGUGUACCUGCCUAAACCAUCCUGGGGUAACCACACCCCUAUCUUCAGAGAUGCAGGCAUGCAGCUAAAGGCCUACUCCUACUAUGACCCCAAAACCUGUGGCUUUGACUUUAAAGGAGCCUUGGAUGAUAUUUCAAAAAUCCCUGAGAAGAGUGUGAUUGUUCUGCACGCGUGCGCUCAUAAUCCCACAGGAGUGGACCCAAGGCCCGAGCAGUGGAAAGAGAUGGCUGCUUUGAUCGAGAAAAGAAAUCUCCUGGUGUUCUUUGACAUGGCUUACCAGGGAUUUGCCAGUGGCGACAUUGAUCGUGACGCCUGGGCUGUGCGUUAUUUCAUUGAGCAGGGGCAUAACGUUCUUCUGUCCCAGUCUUUUGCUAAGAACAUGGGCCUGUAUGGUGAGCGUGUAGGGGGCUUCACGGUGGUCUGUAAGGAUGCUGAAGAGGCUAAGCGUGUGGAAUCCCAGCUGAAAAUUCUCAUACGGCCCAUCUACUCCAAUCCCCCUAUGAAUGGAGCUCGUAUCGCCUCCACCAUUCUCAGCACGCCUGAACUCUGCAAAGAAUGGCUCGUGGAGGUGAAAGACAUGGCCGACCGCAUCAUUAAGAUGAGGGAGAUGCUUGUGUCGAACCUGAAGAAGGAGGGCUCCACUCAUAACUGGCAGCAUGUCACUGACCAGAUCGGAAUGUUCUGCUUCACAGGGCUCAAACCGGAGCAGGUGGAGCGUCUGAUUAAAGAAUUCUCUAUAUACAUGACAAAAGACGGCCGGAUCUCUGUGGCUGGUGUGACGUCUGCAAACGUGGGAUAUCUAGCACAUGCCAUCCACGCUGUUACCAAGUGAAGCUGGCACUAGGGACUAGUUGCAGCAGACAGAGAGCAAGAAAAAGUAAUUUAGAUGAUUCAAAAGUCCUCUGCUGCAUGUCUUUUAGGACCAGAUAUGAAAUAGGACUAAUGUAGACUUCCAGUUCACUUGAUUUGGUGUUAAUUCAUGACUCUGAAUGUGAGCCCCUCAAUGAAUUAAGGCAGGAUUCUUCCUUUCAAAAUGAUAAAAACGAGCUUUAAAGAAUAUUGCUUAUCAUGAUUUCCCUUGUCAGAACUGAUAAGAAUGUUUUUUAUGGUACAAAAUGUUCCGAUAGAUCUGUUAACAACAUUUAAAAAUCAUGUUUUUGUUUUUAGAACAAUAACUCUAAAUAAGAGUGAUUGAAUGAUUACCCUAUAUGCUUUACGUUAGAGAAAUCACUGAAAGGAGUAAACCAGAUUUCAUGGUUGGACAUUAAUUGCAAAAACCUUCAAGGACUGUAACCAGUUUAUCAUGGUCAUUUCACCUAGAGGUGCAU